AUAUUCGUUAAAACGCGCAGCCGUAGUGUAUUUAUUUACCCGGAAGCACUUUUGUAUUUGCAUCAGCUUCUUAAUACCGUGCGGAUAAUUGCAUGUUCCGAUGGAGAGUUCUUAAGGGCUACUUGAUUUUAUUUUCUGUAAUGGAAAGUUAUCUAUGGAGGCGGGGAUUGUACGUUUUUAUACUGUUAACAUGGGUCUUUGGAAAUGUUAUAGAAGCUGGGUAAGCCCCCCUGCACCCCCAGGACCCCUUGUUUAUAUAGGUAUGUCAACUCCGAGAUGGCACUGCAGUGAAGAAAACAGCAAAUCUGACGUUCUGCGCUUGACGGCAAUCUCCAUUCAAAAUAUUCAAAGUUUCAAAACUUCGAUCUUCUAGUCUACCAUUUGCAGUGUGAAGUUUAUGAAGGAGAGGCCAGCGAUAAGUCUGCAAACCAAGAGGAAGUAGUAUAUUCACCACAUAUGAACAAUGGUCCUAUGGUUCUGAAUGUUGAAGAACUGGAACAGGAGACUGGCAGUGUUGUGCAGUACAAAACAGCAGAAAUAGCUGAUGCUGUGCUGGGAGCGGAAGUGCACCAUGAUCGUUCAAUGCUUCUUUCCUUGAUUCCUGGGGAGACUUUAGAAAAUCACCCCUUUAGAUCAACAGAUACUCCAUGCAGUGCAUCUGAAGAAGAUGGGGAAUGUGCACGGACAUCUCAUCGUGUCACUGCUCUUUCUGAAGUUCAACAUAAUGAAAAGGUUGCAGAGACAAGUGAGAUUCUAGGGGCUACACAACAACAGUCUGCAACAUCCGAGGAGUCCAAUACCACUGAAGCUGCAAAAUCGCCGAAAGUGAACUGUGAUCAGCGAAACUUUACAGCAGGGGAAAGUUUUACAGUGAAGAUCCUGAAUGCUUCUCAGGAUCUGAUGGAGUUCUUAAAUGCAAACAGUUCUGAGUGCACUCUAGUUUUGUUCUACACAUCAUGGUGCAGAUUCUCUGCCAACUUGGCUCCCCAGUUUAAUGCUUUACCACGAGUGUUUCCAGCCCUCCAUUUUCUGGCAUUGGAUGCAUCACAGCAUAGCAGCUUAUCCACAAGGUUUGGCACAGUAGCUGUUCCAAAUAUCCUUCUGUUUCAAGGAACUAAACCAAUGGCGAGGUUCAAUCAUACCGACAGAACUCUAGAGACUCUGAAGGCAUUCCUUGUUAACCAGACUGGUAUUGAUGCAGAUAAUGAAGUGACUGUGUUGGAAGAAGAUUAUGCAGGUCCUCUUUCUAGCAUUCCUGUCAAAGGAAUUGAUUGGCUGCUUGUAUUUUCUGUGGUGUUUGUAACUGCUUUUGCAGUAUAUGCUACACUACAGACCGAAAGCAUCUGGUGGUUGAUUCCAGGUCAUGAACAUGAACAUCAAGAAUAAUUCUAAUAAGCAGAUCUGUUUUGACAUUUACCACUUGUGGACCUUUCAUAGGUGGUGGCUAAUAACAUUUCCAUCUCUGAAGAAGUUGAGUAUAAAAAGAGGAUUAUUUAGACACAUUUUGGACUGGAUUGCAAUGUAAAACACUGGCGUCAAACUGGGUAGUAAUCUUUUCUUGUAUAUUUUUUCUUUUUCCCAAAGAAUUGUGUUUUUAACAUUUUUUGUAACAUACCUAUAAAAAAGUGAUUUACUGGACACUGAAUUCUGGAAAUCUGUUUUUGGUAGUCAGACAUUACAUAAACAUUUCAUACAGCAUGUUUGUAUGUAUAGAGGCAAAUAGCUGUGGAAGAACUGAAUGAGUUUUGUUGCCAUUAGCUUGAAAGAUGAAGUCUGUUGCUAUUGUGUUCCUUUGUAGAAGCAGUUCCAUACUGCCAUGGCUUUCCUGCUAUUAGCAAAAAACAAAAAAUAGUACACCAGAGAUUCUGGUAGCUAUUGUUAAAUGUUUUAUCAUAUUAAUAGGCUUCUGUAGAACAAUACAAAACUCAAAGCACUCUGUUUAAAUACCUGCAGUAAAAACAUGUCUAAACAUAACCAGUCAGCAGCUUCAGGAUGGAUGAAUUGCCAAGCCUGCGUUUAUUUUUUUGUCUUUAAUUUUACUAGGUACUUUAUAGAAAUAAAGUCAUUAAUCCCCAGAUAUGCACCUGCAUUUAAUACAGUUGUCAUUCUAGUUUUCUUUAAGCCCUGGAUGGAAUGGCAGUGGUUAUUAAAUGCAUUGCUAAAGAAGUCUUUUAACAGCCUCCCCAUUACUAGAUAUGUUUGUUCAGUUAUGUUUAUAGGAUGCAUAACUUAAACCUGAACUAACAAACGUUGCAUAGACAGUGUUGGCCGUUGCAGUGCAGACAUGAGUUUCGUUCAUGACAUUGGCCUUAUUAUGUGAUUUACUCUAAUGGCAUGUAUCUUGUGAUGUGAGCUCUUACUGGCAUCAUUUAGACAGAGUUAGAAAAAUCAUACACAGAUAAAGAAGUUGUGCCACAUGUCUUUCAGUUAUACUGGAUCUGAAUAAAGUUUAGUACAAUGUGUAACUUGUACCUAACUAUCCAUUGA